GGUUAUAUUGUAACGUGUACAUCCCAACCCUGUUAGAGUGUUGUGACUGCCUUGUUAUUGCAACACAUCAAGGGACUGAUAAAUCGCCAUAAAGCCAUGCCAAAGGAUGAACCCGUAUUGACGCCUUUGCUUCGAGGAGGUGUAAACUAGUCCAUUUGGAGAUCACGAAUCGAACCAUCCCACGAUGGCCAAGGCCGUCGAACACGGAAUCAAGAAGGUCAACGAGAUCUACGACCAGGGUGACCUCAUGUGCGAACUCAACAGGACAAACAUCCUGACCCGACAAACCGACGACGGAGGUCAAGCCUAUGGCAAGAUCAACGUCGUCAAAGGAAUGCAAUGGCACCCCAUCAAGAUCCCCCAGGACGUUCUGCUGGAGAAGUGCAAGUUGCUUGGGUCGGAUCAGAUCGUUGGUGUGGUCUCCGGGAAGAGACUGAGCGUAUACGACAUACAUGGACACCACGUGCGGCUGAUAGACGUCAAGAAGAAAGGUCGAGUAAAGACUGUUGAGAACAUUAAUGCCCUUGCAGUGAUCACGGACAAGAUCCUUGUCGCAGAAUCGCAGCGUUACAACAAUCUUAUCCAUGUGGUGGAGUACCCUACAGGGGAGGCUGUUAUGUCACUGUCCAUUGACCAGAAGAUCACUGGAAUCAUUCCUAUAAAAACGGGUCUAGUUCUUGUAAGAACAAAAGAGAAGAUCCAGGCUGUCGACUAUGCACAUUAUCCCCGUGUGGACACUACUGAGGUCAUCACCUACGGUCGGACCCUGGUCAACAUGUGUGUCAAAGGAGGAAACGACGAGCUCUAUGUCAUGUUCGUCAAGGGAGUCACGUCGAAGAUUCUUGAGAUCCACGUGCUUGAUGAUAAAUACCAGGAGUUACACAGGACAAAGAUCACUCAUACCACCUCCAUCUUGAGUUUGAGAGCGGUAUAUACAUCACAGGGCCCAGGCUAUCUCGUGAUACAGAUGGGAAGCACCAUCUUGACUUUCAAAUGUUCAUUUGGACAUCGGAAAGGUCUAGCUAAAGAGAGUGAAUUGAAGAGCCCCACAAAAAAGAAAUUCUACGCAGAGAGAAAGUUGCCACCCCCUCCCGCGUCCCCCAAGCCUGACACCGGAAAAGAAAACACGGGGGAGUCACAUACUGAAAAAGACAAAGAUGACGCAGAAUCAACCGAGGCGGCACCGAAUACACCAACGGCGAAAACGAAAUCAUUAGAGUUUGGGCCUGUCCUCUUCGAUUCAAAAGCUAUCAAGACGAAUGAGAAAGAAAAGAGGUACGUAAACAAAACACCGGGAGAUGCUGGUGCGUCUGAGAAGACAGAGUUUGGAAAAGAAAAGUCACAUCCGGCAGAGAAUCGAAAGCCAAAUCCUUCGUCACCCAACCCCACGCGAUCGAACAAACAGAAUGUUACCACACCACAGACACCACAUGAGAAACAGGAAGUGUCAUCUACGCCGAAAGACACGAUAAAAGGGAAACGAACGGUAGCAGGUGCUGCUCAGAUAGGAGGCAAACCAGAUAAAAUUCAGAGGGACUCGAAUGCAGCUUACGAGAUGUCAGACGAGCCACACAAUACAUCAUUCUUCGAAUCUAGCUAUAUUGGUGAGGAAGGGGGUGUGAUCAAAAGCAACAAAUAUGGGUUUUCCCUCCUCAUCCCACCUGGCGCCAUCGCAAAAGGCCAACGCAAAAGGAUAGGCGUGGGACUAUCACGUGAAGCGCCCGCCAGUGGCGCAUCGGCGGGAGGAGUCAGCAUCUCGCCCGUGAUCUGCUCCGAGCCUUCGGGGCUAGAACUGGAGAAGCCGGCACGGAUCAACCUCCAGCAUUGCCUCAGCUCGUGGUCGAAUGAUACGCACGUCAACGUGCACGAACUGGUCGACGACGCCCAAAGACGCGACCGUGGAGUGAACGAUAAAGGAGCAAAAUGUUCGAUCGGGAAGAACGGCGAGGUGACGCUCGAUGUGACACGGCUAGGAAGGUACGCCUUGACGGCCAUGGGCAGUCAGGUUUACAAGAAGCUGGUCUGCCGUCCGUUCAUCCCCAAGAAAAUGCCGACCACGAAGAAACCCAUCAUCAACGUCCUCAUCUACGACCUCACCGACGGUAUGAAGAAGAUGAUGAUGGAAGAGAUAGAGAACGAGUCUCCAUACCCGGUCAUCCCGGCACACAUAGGAAAGAACUUCAUUUUCAAUCUGAACGGACAGGACGCGCCAGAGAUCGUGCUCACGUGCCACGCUUUCGGGUACAUGGAGGUGAAAUCGCUGUCGGCAAGUGAGCUGAUCGAGUUUAAGUCCAAUUCAGUGGACUUUCAGGUCGAUUGCAGCGAUGGACGAGCGCAAGAUAUCACCAUCGAGCUCAGUUUUGGAAACAAGAAAAUUGACAUGAUAUGCCACGUGGACAUCCCCUGCGGUGUCCAAGCUCCACCUAACACAACGUUACGAAGUCAAGCAAUGGAUAAUGUUUACUCUAGACCAAGUAAACCAUCUCCAUCAUCGGACGUCGACCGGCAAAGCGACGUGCCAUCCCAGGUCCUGCACGAGAUCGCCGGGGAGGUGCCCCACAACUACUACAUCCCUCUUGGCCUCAAGCUCGGUCUGGAGAAGGCCAAGUUGGACUCCAUCUUGGUGAGCUGUGCCAACGACUCUGAGGAAGCCACGUACAGGGCCAUGGAGGCCUGGAAGAACAGGAUCGGGGUGGAUAAUCGGGAGAAACUCAAAGACAUUUUGGGCGCGAGUGAUUUGAAGAGGAUCGCGGAGAAAUUCCUGAACUGAAAUGGAGGAGAUGCUCGCGGUUUUUUUUCUUCAAGGGGGUGUCGAAACGUUGGGGGUAGAGGUGUGGUAUGGGGCAGUUUUUAGGGGGGCUCGGCGGUUUAAACCCUCCCUUGGGCGGCCAAGUGAGAAAGAAAAAAAA